AUGUUUAAAAAUAUUCCAAUAAAAACAGUCAUUAAUGGUCAUGAAAAGCAAUUUGAUAAUGAACAACUAGUUUCUAUGAUCCAUCGAUUGGCUGAUGAGCGCGAUGUAUUGUGGCGUGAAAAUGAAUAUUUAAAAGCUAAAUUAAAUGAAUCGAUUUUAAUUGAAACGAUUAAUGAAAUGAGAAAAGAACGAGACUUAUUAUUAAAAUUAUUACUUAAUCUAUCAGUGAAUAGGAACAAUGAUGGACAAUUACCAUAUACAGACGAACACACAAAUGGUUAUUCUAAUGAUCUUCUUCCUCCACCUCCCUAUCAAACAUAUAAUACAUUGCCAAAUAGUAAAUCUCAACUUAAUAGUAGUCCACCAACUAAAAAACAUUCUUCUCAUUAUCGUCAAAAUCCAACUCCAAUGGUUCAUCGUGAUUUAUCAAUACCAGUCACUGAAUUAAAACCACAUCGUCGUUCACAUCGAACUAGACAAAGUGUCGAACAGCCACAGCAACCACAACUGCAACAACAACAACAACAGCAGCAGCAGCCAUCGGCUAUUUAUCGUGUUGAGGGUACGAAAGAGUGCUUGAUGAAUCCAGAUGAAUUAUCAUCGGUGUUUGCGCAUGUUAAACAUUCACAUCCAAAUAAAAAAAUAGUGGUUUAUAAAACUUCAACAACACCGCAAACACACGAAUUCAACCAAUUAGUCGAUGAAAUGUGUGUAAAGCAUGGCGUCGAAUUAAAACAUAGUCAAAAUUCUCCAUUUCAUCAGUAUCGCUCGCAAUCAUUGCAAGAUCUAACAUCAACAACGCUACCGUUGCAACGGGAUUUUGAUUUUCAAUUUAAGCCUAUUGAAAAACAAGAACUAAUACGUACAAGUUAUACAAAAAGAAAUGAUAACUGA